CGGACACUCCGAGCCCACAGGUGCCCCCUUUUCACUCAGGGCCGAGUUUAUCUCGUUUCCCCGACGACGGAUAGACCGAUCGCUUGUGCGCCGAGCGAAUGGGCUCGCAAAGCGAUUCGGGUUCCCAUUCCCAAGGAGGGCGAUCUCAAGAGGAGAAAGGAGACGCCACGAGCAUGAUCGAGACUCAGGAGGCUCCGUUGCUCUUCUCCGAUUCCGAAGACGAAGCGGGGCAGAUGGAUUCUGUCGCGCCGUUCUGGGGUCUCCUUCAUCCCAUCUCCCAAAACCUCAUGAAAUGUGACAGAAUGCUGAUUGUUUCAGAAUUGAGGAUGCCAGAACAUGUAAUAGGACGUUCAGAGGAAUGUGACUAUUGUAUCACUACUGCUCAUGUUCCAAAUGAGAAGCUCCUCCUGGCCAUCAGCAAGCGUCAUUUCCGCAUCUUUCAAGAGACCACUUUGUUGGGUAGUGAUAUCUACAUUGAAGAUCUCAGCUCCAAUGGGACCUACCUCAACGGGGAGAAGAUUGGAAAAGGACAGAAGAGAGUAUUGACAAACAAUGAUGUCAUUGCACUGGCUUCCCCAUGCUACAAAGCAUUUGUGUUCAUGACAAGCCUUGGCAUGGAUGAUGACACAGCAUUUCCUAAGGAGAUCACACAGAAAUACACAGUGUCCAGAGUCCUAGGCCGGGGUGCAUGUGGGGAAGUGCGUCUUGGGUUCAGCAAAGAUGGCUCCUGUGGUCGGGUGGCCAUCAAGAUCAUUGAGAAGAAGAAAUUCACCUCCAAGGGUACACACCAGGUGGACCAGCUAGAGCUGGUCCACAAUGAAGUGGCUGUUCUUAGGGCCUUGUCACAUCCAUGCAUCAUUCAAAUCCUUGAUGUGAUUGACACGGAGAGGCGGGUGUAUAUAAUCCUGGAGCUGGUGGAGGGAGGGGAAUUGUUUGAUCGUGUGAAGGACAGUGGAAAACUGCCUGAGUCACUGGCAAAGCUCCUCUUCUACCAGAUGGUAAUUGCUAUCAAGCACCUGCAUGACAAUGGCAUCACUCAUCGAGACCUCAAGCCAGAGAACGUGUUACUUGCCUCAACGGAAUCUGAGACUCUGAUCAAAGUGACGGAUUUUGGGCUGUCCAAGUUCAUUGGUGAGACCUCAAUGAUGAAGACAUUUUGUGGAACCCCUCAUUAUCUGGCGCCAGAGAUCCUCCGCUCUCAGGGCAAGGAAACCUACACCAACAAGGUGGACUGCUGGAGUCUUGGAGUUAUAUUGUACAUCUGCCUUGGGGGGUAUCCACCAUUUUCGGACGAGUACAAGGACAUGUCUUUGGGGAACCAGAUUCUUCUCGGGAGGCUCAGGUUCCAUCCAAAGCACUGGGUUGGGAUCUCAGAGAAUGCCAAGGACCUGAUCAGGAAGCUUCUCACUGUGGAUUCCCAAGCAAGGUUCUCUCUUGAUGACACGCUAGACCAUCCUUGGUUCCAGGAUGAGGAGAUGAAGAGGAAGGCAGAUAACCUAAUGGUAGGAUCCAGAUCCAUGCAAUCAAUGAAGGCAGAUGUCGAGAAGCUGUUAGCCUUCAAGAAAAGGCCACGUACCAGCUCCAUUACAAUAGAGUGUGAAGAACAUUCCAUGGUGUCUCCCUCCAAGAAGGUUCACCUGGAUGAGAGCACCUUGGGAUGCACUGCAGAAAUGAAUGGGGCUGUUCGCUGAUAUGCUUCAUGUUGAAGUGGUUGGAUUUUGAAUUAUUUUUCUGCCUUAGAGAAGUCCAAGGAGAAGAUACCAAGAUUACAAUGAGAAUUGUCUCCUUGAUCCAUUCUUUGGCUUUCCUCUUUCUUUGUGCUAGAAUGAAGGGCAGGCUUUUGAUACAGCUUUAUUUUUGAGGAAGUUUUGACUGGCUACAGUUAAUGUUGAAUCUCAUGAAAGUUUUCUUGCUGGUUUAUAAAAUCAAAGAAUGAGAUCAAGAUGUCAGGAAAGAAGUAGGACAUUCAUUUAAAGAUCUAUGCUUGACAGUGUGAAACCUACAAUUUUUGGUGUUUUUUUUUCUAGGGUUUAGCACAAUGGAGAAUCCUAACAUUAACUUUUUUUUUAACCUCUUGUGAUGUUGGUGCUGCCCUCUUGGAACAGAAGUGAGCCAGUGCCAAGGCUUUUUUUAAAUUUUUUCACAUGAAUGAGGAAGUAGAGAAUAGAGAAUAUUUGCAUGAC